GGGAUAUGUACUUUAUGUAGUGGUUAAUCACCAGUAAUGCAAUUGGCUCUGUAAUCCAUGGCGGGGGCGGGGAGAAUAUUUUCUUCAACGCCGAAAAAUCCACCGAAAAGUCGACAACUGCAUCCCACCUUACCAGUCGCGAGCAGCACUCUCUUCUACCAGCAUCAGCCAUGGCUACAGAAAUGCAGGCAGCACCGGUAUUGUCAACGCCGGAUGCUCGCAUUCUCGAAGCUACCGAUCCAGUCGCACCAAAGCGUACCAGCAAUGCCGUUUCCGACGAGGAGCUCUCCAUCACCUACGACAUCGAGCGCACAUUAAAGGAGAUUCGCCAGGCACGGUACAAGCGUAUUGCUCUCCAGUUUCCUGAUGACAUGCUCCCUGAUGCACCCCGUGUGUUCCAAUUACUUAGUCGGGGUCUUGACAAGACCGAGAUUGCUACAAACGGCAGGAAAAGCGAUUCUACCAACGAUACCCGAGCGGACGGCCUAUCACAAUCAGUGGACCAGCUGAGCAUUGAAGAUUGUUCUGAGGAGCAGGCACCGAAGCUGUAUAUAUUGGGGGAUACUUCGUAUGGGACUUGUUGCGUGGACGAAGUGGCCGCGGAGCACGUCAACGCAGACGUGGUGGUCCAUUAUGGACGGUCAUGUCUGUCCCCGACAGCGAGGCUACCGGUCAUCUAUGUCUUUACGCAUAAGACCUUGCCUUUAGAGCCUGUAAUUGAUGCCUUUAAGGCUACCUACCCAGACCUCUCCACGAAGGUGGUCAUCACGGCUGAUGUGACUUACUGCGACCAUCUGUCCGGUGUAUACUCACGUCUGGCGGAGGAGGGUUACACGAAUCUCUUUGCAGCGGAUCUCGUUCAUGACCCGUCCUCUCCCAUUCCGAACAGAACAGUGCCUAAGCCGGUGCAAGAUGACCGGGACUCACUGUCAGAGUGGCAACUCUUUCAUAUCUCCGAUCCUCCUACUGCACUGCUCCUCACUCUUGCUUCCCGCGUGGCUGCUAUUCAUAUCUACCCGACGGAUGGAAAUACCAGCAGCAGUGCGAAGCCGCUGCCUGCAACCACCGCGGCUGCCCUGCGCCGACGAUAUGCCAUAUUGACUUCCCUCAGCACCGUUCCUAUCUUUGGUAUCUUGAUCAAUACUCUUAGCGUGAAAAAUUACCUGCACAUCGUGGACCAUGUGAAGGAACAGAUCGCUGCGGCAGGGAAGAAGAGCUAUAUGUUUGUUGUGGGGAAGCUGAAUGCCGCAAAAGUCGCAAAUUUUAGCGAAAUCGGCGGUUGGGUGGUCAUCGGUUGCUGGGAAAGCUCUCUAGUCGAUAGCAAAGAUUUCUGGAAGCCCGUGAUUACCCCAUUUGAGCUGGAGCUUGCCUUAAAGGGUGAUGCGGAGCGUGUCUGGACGGGCGUUUGGCAAAGCGACUUCCAGGCGGUUCUCGAUCGUAAUAACAAUGCCCAAGAAUCCGCGGCAGAGAAUAGUGAUACGAAAGAAGGGGCCCCAUCGAACGGUGCCACGGUGCGUGACGAGGAAGAGGACAUGUCAGAACCUGAAUCUGCGCCUCCCGAAUUUGACCUGCGUACCGGCAGAUACGUGUCCUAUUCCCGUCCCAUGUGGGAUACUGCACCCGGCAGUGCACGUCAGGUGGACGCACCGUCGUUCUCUGCCACCAAAGCUUUGACGAAGCGGGCUAAGGGCGAUCUGGCUGUUGUCGGGGGUGCGUUUUCUCCAGGCGCAGAAUUCCUGCGGUCACAGCGAACGUGGAAGGGUUUAGGGAGCGACUUUGACCACCAGAACGAUGAAGAAGAGGACGAGAGGAAUAGCACUCUGGUUGUCGAAGGGCGCAAAGGUAUUGCGAGAGGGUAUACGGUUGGGGAUUCAGCAGAGAGGCAUUGAGUAAAGUGUACUAUCGACUAGAAUAGAACGAUGCAUCCACGAUGGUUUGUAUGCCAUGCUUGAAUGUGAUCGAGCUGUAAUCUGUACAGUAUACUAAGAGUUCAGCGAGAAAAAG